GAUCACCCCACCACGACGCUGCUGCAACACCCAUGGGCGACGACACGGCUGCGACGGCGCACGAUGGCGACGCGCUGCAGUAUGUCCAGUACCAUGGCGCCAAAGAGGAGACGUACCUGCCUGCGAUCCGGCAGCUGAUCUCCAAGGACCUCUCGGAACCCUACAGCAUCUAUGUCUACCGGUACUUCCUCUACCAGUGGGGGGAUCUGUGCUACAUGGCCCUGGAUAGCGCAAACGAGCUCAUCGGCGUCGUCGUCUGCAAGCUCGAGCCCCACCGCAGUGGCCCCUUCCGCGGCUACAUCGCCAUGCUCGCCGUCCGCGAAUCGCACCGAGGCCAAGGAAUCGCUACCAAGCUCGUGUGCAUGGCCAUCGAUGCCAUGGCCGAUCGCGAUGCGGAUGAGAUCGUGUUGGAAACGGAGGUCACGAACCAGGCGUCGCUGAAGCUGUACGAAAGGUUGGGCUUUCUGAGGAGCAAGCGGCUGCACAGAUACUACCUCAAUGGCAAUGCGGCUUUCAGGUUGAUUCUGUAUAUGAAGGAGGGCACGGCGCUCAAGAGACCGCCGGGUAUGGAGGCGGGGCAGGCGGGGCAGAUGAUGGGCGAACCGCAGAAGAUGGAGGAGUACAAGGGUUUCCCCCAGGAUGCGGAUGUGGCGUGAAAUAAGAUGGGAUUGUGACUGGGCGACAUGAAUGAGCGUGGCAUUUGGCUCUGAGAGACACGUGAAGGAAAGAGACAUACACCCAGCAGAGCGGGCAGAUGUAGAAGGCGGACUACAACCGCACCUCAACGCCAGCACUUCAAUGAAGACUGAGCAGGAAUGCUCCCGGUCUUGGAUAUGAAGACUUUUACGCGGCCAUUGGAGAAUUAGAUCAGCGUUAGGGUUACCGGCGAUAAAAUAACAGCUAGUAAUGAUCGAGACGUAUAGUCGCCC